CAACACACAGCAGGGAGCACUCCCUCGGGUCUCGAGCUCCUCCCACCCCGCGCGUGUCGCCUCACGGGCACCGGCGCGCCGCCCUCCACGGCCUCCACCGUCCCCAGCCCGAUGGAUCCCGCCGCCGCCGCCCAGCCGUGCGUCAUCCAGGCACUCCCGGCGCACUCCAAGGCCCUCCCGCCGCCGCCCCUGGUCCAGGCCCUCCCCGCCCACCACUCCCCCCCGGCCAAGACCCACCCGCCGCCCGCCGCCACCCCUACCUCCUCCUCCUCCGGCCCCAAACGCCGCCCCCCGCCUCCCCCACUGGGCCCGGCGCCCCCGAGCCCGCGCCGCACCCGCUCGGGCGGCGCGCCGGAGUGGACGCCCGCCGAGACGCUCGCGCUCGUCGCCGAGGUGGCCGCCGUGGACGACGGCUGGUCCCGCUCCGUCUCCGCGUUCCAGAAGUGGGCCAUGGUCGCAGAGAACCUCGCCGCCUCCGAGGCCCUCGCCCCGGGGCCCGCGAGGCGGCGGGGGAGCAAGAGGGCGGCUGCGGAGUGCCGCCGCCGGUGGGAGGCGCUGGCGGCGGAGUACGGGGCCGUGAGGCGGUGGGAGGUGCGCACGGGCGGGAGGUACUGGGAGAUGGGCGCCGCGGCGCGGAGGAAGGCUGGGCUGCCGGUGGAGUUUGACGCGGAGGUGUAUGGGGCCAUGGACGCGCUCAUACGGGUCGAGGAGGCCCUGCUCGCGGACGCGGCUGGCGGUGGCGGGGGAGCGGAGGAGGUCGAGGGGUUAGUUGGCGGCGGUGCCAGCGUUGAGGUAGGUGAGCAGGACGGGGUUCACGUCCGUGAGGUUGGAGAAGCUGAAGACGGGGUCCAGGAGAAUGAAACGGUGGAGGAGGCGAAUGGGGAGGAGGAAGACGAAGAGGAGGAGGUGGAAGAAGAGGAGGAGGAGGACGAGAAGCAGGAGGAAAUGCAGGUGGAUGGCAGCAAUGCUGAUGCUUCGAAUGACUUGGAAGGCCAUGAGGUGGGAACAAACAGCGAACCAGAGAAAAGCCAAAACAAUGCAUGGGAGCUGGCCAACAAGUUACAAGAGAACGCGCAGCAUAUCCACACCAUACUGAAGGAAGAGGCGGAUGAAGAUGCUGGCCAAAACCACGCUCUUGCUGGUUCAGUUUCACCUGAUGCCAUGAAGACCACCCGCCAAAAGGCCGACGAGCUCAUCAAAUCACUCGGUGGGCUUGUCAGCUACCUCAACCAGUUCACUGAGCUUGUCAAGGAAAACGGGUUUGAGAACAUCGUCGGCAUGACCUGAUGCAUGAGAUGCAGGUUUAGAUCAGAUCAUGUAGAUUAAGACUUCGGAGCUGUAGUUUCCGUGUCCUUCAACUUUGUAAAUAUGGGGGCACUGUAUGACCUUGUAAUCCAGCGAUGUAGGCGGUUUGUAGCAGACAUUGUUAGGUGCAUUGGCAUCGCCAUUGCUCAGGGCCUUUGGCGAGAUCAGAUUCUCACAUCUGUUGACUGUUGCUCAGGGUUCCCUUCCCGAUCCGGUGCCCAAUCCCAGAUGUGGUGAGAGAUCAGACGCCUUGCAUUUGGAAGUAAAUACUAGCAGUGUAGUAGUUCCAUGAUGUUGCCAGAUCCAUCGCAUCUGCGAUGAAGUUGGGACUUGGGAAGGUAAUGCCAUUGCCUGUGAGAGUGUUGUAAUGUUUCGAGGCUUCA